GAGCUCGUCACAUGAUCAGCUGACGACUCCUUCCCCUCUGAUGGAUGCAGGAUUUCCAGCCUUCGCCGUUUCGAAGGGCUCACAGGAAUCCAUUUCUCUUCAAGAUACACGAAUCCAACAGAAAGUAACAUCACAGUAGCUUUAGGUUUAUUCCUGGGAGAACCUUUAGAUAGCAAAACUGGCGCUGCUGGUGGAGUGGAUGAUGAACGGGCACGCAAUUUUAUACACCGGGGUCACUUUGGCCUUCUGGACGACCAUCCUGAUCGUCGGUAUUUGCUAUACAAUUUUUGACCUUGGAUUUCGAUUUGACAUAGCAUGGUUUUUAACAGAGACUUCUCCAUUUAUGUGGGCUAAUCUUGGAAUUGGCCUGGCCAUCUCUCUGUCUGUUGUUGGAGCUGCAUGGGGGAUUUACAUCACUGGGUCCAGCAUCAUUGGUGGUGGAGUCAAAGCCCCUAGAAUCAAGACCAAAAAUCUUGUCAGCAUUAUCUUUUGUGAAGCUGUUGCCAUUUAUGGGAUCAUCAUGGCAAUUGUCAUUAGCAAUUUGGCAGAGAACUUCAGUGGCACAACUCCAGAAACUAUUGGGGCAAGGAACUACCAAGCAGGCUACUCCAUGUUUGGUGCUGGACUCACUGUUGGCUUCUCAAAUCUCUUCUGUGGCAUCUGUGUUGGCAUCGUGGGCAGUGGAGCUGCCCUGGCUGAUGCGCAGAAUGGCAGCCUCUUUGUCAAGAUCUUAAUUGUUGAAAUUUUCGGCAGUGCCAUUGGACUAUUUGGAGUGAUCGUAGCCAUCUUGCAGACAUCGAAAGUAAAAAUGGGAGAUUAGAUGACCACACGACCUACAGAUCAAAGACGCUGUGUUGCUGGUGCAAACAGGAGGUGUAAAUACAUAGUAAAUUAUUUAAAUGUAUUUUCCUUUGUGUCUGUUUUUAACCAUCAUUUUCUGAAGAUUGAAAUAUUCUAUGUGCACCAAUUUGUCUUAAAGUGUGCAUGAUGAUGAUAAUGUCAAAGGCAGAUCUUUGACGACUCACUUAGUUUGGCAUCUCAUAAUUCUGAAAAUGAAAAUAUCACAAUGUUUUUGGCCAUACUUCCAUGUCGUAAUAUCAUUAUUAUUUUUUUUAAAUCAAGAGGUAUUUUAUUUAUUAAAAUAGCCUAAUAAUAUAAACAAUGACCCUGCUGACAGAAAAGACUGUCAAUAGACUCAAUGUUCUGGUCUGUUCUGACACACAGGGCGUUAUGUUCGUAAUCAUCUCAAAAUUCAAUAUAUAGUUCGCUGUGAUUUGUUCUGUACAGUAAAAGAAAAGUGAUAAACUGCAUUAGUGUGGUUCCUUGCAUUGGAUGGCUGUAAAUCGUAAAGUAUUCUCUCGAUCGCCGUACGCAAGAAUAUUCUUGUGUUUGCGUGAUGACACCUGGUGUAUCCAGUGUGCUUGACCUGAUCAUGUGUUGUGUUUUCAUGUUGCUACUGAAUUCAAGUAAACACUAUCUUUGAGAAAACAGUUAUACCAAAACUAUGAUGUUAAAAAAAGAACACCAGUCUCCAAUUGUAUUUCUACCGGCGUAGACCCUCACUUUGUAGGGCUCUCUUCAGUUCUGCUUGGUUAAAAAUAAGAGGAUAUAAUAAUCUGAUGCGUGUACAUAUUAAAAGCAGCUUUUUUUGUGAAGCAUGAGGGUGUUUGCCAUUCCAUAUUUCCCUAGUUGUCUUGUGAUUUUUGUUUACUUUUUGUAUAUAUAUAUUUUUUUUUUAUCUUAUUUUCUUUUUUUUGGAAGCAAGAAGUGGUCUUUAUCCCCCUAGGUCCCUGUUGUUACUGUAUAAUGUUUAAUCUCAAAGCUGGAUGAACGAUAUGUAACAUCAUCUUUGUUGUUCAGUUCAUUCUGAAAAUGUUUAGGAAGUUGUUUGAGGUGGACCUCAAGACCUUAGAUGCCGUAUUUAUUUUAACAUGAAUAAAAACAAGGCUGUAGAUUUUACUGGAUUAAGAUCUCAUUUUCACAACCCAAAUUUUUGUCCACAUCGAAGAUGUAUUUUUAGUGUUGCAUCAGCUGAAAUAUUGAACAUUUAUUCCUCAGAGCCUCGUUUUCAUUCACGUAAAAUUAAAUAUGGUGUUUCCCUUCGCUAAGGUCAAUCUGACAGUAUACCCCUGGCUAUAACCUUGAUCAAUCAGUUGAACUUCUUUUAGCUGUACUUUAAUGCUUUUCUAUGUGUUUGUGAAGUGGAGGUACAUACUAAACAUGAUUUUACUAACCACUGAAUGCCCAAAUCAACUUCUGUUCAGUGUGUGUUGUUUAAGUUAUAAUGAUCAAUCAAAUCACAUACCCCAUCUGUAAAGCACUAUAGUGUUGCGAUUAGCGAAACACCAAGAUGAUCUGUUAUUCCUGCACUGGAUUUGUGGAGUGAUGCAUUAAUUUUUUUUUUUUCUUUACAUGCAAGUGUUUAUUUUGAAACAUUCCAACUUAGACCUGGUUGUAAUGACUCAGCGGUUCAACCCACUCCUGGUGGAUCCCACUGCGAGGCUGCUUUAGGUCUCGUUAUUGUGUGGCUUCCAGGACCUGGAUUGGCUGUCUGUGGUUUAGUGGUUCUGGAGUUGUGAGGUAAAGAUGAGCUUGUUACCAUUUCUCCUAUUUCAGUGAUUGUUAAAUAUGUUAAUGUGGUGAUUCCAUUGUUUUGAUGUGUACAAGUGGAUCCUCUAGACUUCAUUAUCGUCCUUGAAGAAAUAAAAAUGAAAUGUGGAAAAACGG